GUCAAUGAAAAAUGUUUAUUGUUGGCGACCGUUGAUGCAAGCACCGGGUUUUGGGAAUUUUUCAACGUUAAUUUCUGAUAACAUGGACCGCCCGAUAACUCUGUCCGAGUACAGCAGCUGGCUCCAAAUGGUGUGCGCGGAAGCUGCCAUUUGUUUGCGUGCUUCAGACCAACUGACGGCACGAAUCGAAAAGAUUGCCACCUUCAAAGAAACCCUCGCCCACCGACUGCACGGUACCAAGCAGCGGGUGAACCAGCUGAAGCAGACCAUCAACGAGCUCGAAAAGACGACCCAGCCGGUGCGCGAAUGUCUGACCGCGACGCAGGCCAAGCUGGCCAAACUAGACGAGGAAAGUGCUCUGCUGCAGCAGCAACUGGCCGAAAACAAAACCCAAAUCGAGCAGGUUGAGGCCAGGGCCGAAGGACCUGAUAAAGAACUGGUGCAGCACCUCAAGGCGGAGGAGGCAAAAUUAACGGCAAUCAAGCGAUCAUUGGCAGAAUCUGUAACCGCCGACAACGUGUGGGACACCCUGCCGUUGGUCAUGUCCGAGGUAAAGCUGAAGGAAAAAAUACUGGCCGUUGUUGACGCGUCGUCUGGACGAAACGAUCCACCCAAGAGUUGAACGUUGUGUUUUAUUGAAUUAUGUCAAGUUCGCUAAGCCAUGUAUUUUCUAAGCUUAUACAAUAAUGAGGAAAUAAAUGAUGUUUUUUU